AUGGACUCGUGCGGUCUCGGUAAAUGCUCGUAUGAAACUCUCGACAUGCGUACGAUGGAGGUUGGGUGUGAAAUAGUUUGCCGAGAGAAAAAGGUGGUAUUUUGGCCGAGAGAAAUUAAGAUGGAAGAGAGAGUUUCCAAAAUUCUCUUAAGUUUUGCGAGAGAAAAAUAUAUUCUAAUGUCAAGGCAUGAGAAGAGCUGGCCGGAUAUGAGGUGUUUCAAGUGUCCAAAAAUAUUUAUGAUAAUACUCCAUGUGCUCAAGAACUUGUCAUGUGGUUUGUCAAAGAAUAAAAAUUGGAAUGGAGACAAGGCUUGA